AUGAAUUCCAAUUGGUUUUCUCAAUGGAAUGAGAGGCGAUGUGAAGACGAUGAAGACGAUGAAGAAAAUGAUGCACACAGAAGAAGAGAUACAACACAGGUUUUAGCGGAAGCAGCUGGAUGGUUAGCUACUAACCCACUCCAACAACAACCUCAGUGGGGCGGUUCUGUACCAGGCCGUGCUACUCUUCAUCGAGAACGUGAGGUAGCUCAUCAAAAAAUAUUAAGGGAUUAUUUUGUAGCUGACCCUGUAUACCCUCCCGAAAUGUUUAGACGACGUUACAGGAUGAGGCGUGAAGUGUUCCUUCGCAUGUUAGAUGAUGUGCAGGCAGCAGAUCCAUACUUUAGGCAGUCACAAGAUUGUGCUGGGCGUCUAGGGUUCUCGCCUCACCAAAAAUUGACAUGCGCAAUCCGAAUGUUAGCCACUGCAUGUGCAGUAGAUUCUCUAGAUGAAUCCUUUUCUAUGCCUCAAUCAACAUGGAAGAAUUGUCAAGUUGGAUGGCAGGACAACUUUAGUGGAAAAUCCAAAAAACCAACAAUUGUUCUUGAAGCCGUAGCAGGUCCAGACACUUGGAUUUGGCAUGCAUUCUUUGGAAUUCCUGGAGCCCAAAAUGACAUCACUGUGCUCGGACGCUCACCACUUUUUGAUGCUCUAGUAGCAGGUCAGUCACAACAACUUAACUAUAAUGUUAAUGGCACUGCUUACGAAUUUGGGUACUACCUUGCUAAUGGCAUCUACCCUAAGUGGGCAACACUUGUGCAAUCAAUUAAGCAUCCAGAGAAUGAUGCAGAAGUGUACUUCUCCACUAAGCAGGAGGCAUACCGAAAGGAUGUAGAAAGAGCAUUUGGUAUUUUGCAAGCACGAUUUAUAAUUGUGAGGCAACCUGCAAGAGGUUGGGAACGAGAUUCAUUAUUGACAAUCAUGUUAGCUUGCAUAAUACUUCAUAACAUGAUUGUUGAGGAUGAGCGAGAUGACUACUAUAAUGGUGAGUCUGACGAUGAUGAGCCAAAUUCAAAUAUGUCAAGAAGAGCUCGUGCAAAAAUAUAUGAUGACCCAAACUUACCGCGUGAUCCAAGAACCGGACAUAUCACAAUGGUUGAAUACAUGUCACGUUAUCGAAGAGUACGCUCUCGUGCUGGAAAUAAUAAUCUACGAAAUGACCUUGUCCAACAUGUUUGGUCAAACAGACGACAAUAG